AUGGGCAUUGAGAGAAUCUGGGCACAAGGGGGAGUUAGUGAGUCUAUGCCUGGAUGUAUGAUGACAGUGGUGCGGAGAAGAAGUCGGCUAGCAAUUGGAAGUGACCAGGAGCCUUCUUGGCUGUCUGCACAUGUGUACUGCUCCAACCACCGCCGGGCGUUCUUCGAGUGCCGGUGUGGGGGUCCUUCCAUCUCACGACUCACGUCCUUGCCUGACCGGCGAAGUAUCAGCGCCUCCCCGCCCGGGUGUAUCCGCAAGAAAGCGGUCACAUCGUACACCCUGGUUCCCAGCAGCACCCAGCAGGAGUCCUUGGUGCAGUGGCGGGCCACCUCCCUCUCCGUGAAGAACCGAGGGGACGUGGACGGAGACAUCCUGACAGCGGAGAUGCAGAGCGUCCACCUGAACCGAAAAGUGAACACAGGGAGGAGAGCAGAGAGACCUCCUCGGAGGGCCGUCGACGAGACUUUUGCAUCCUGCUAUGGCAGUGUUCAGCCCCUGCAGCUGUUUGGGAAAGGACCCAGAGGGGGCAACUAUCUGUCAUUCCUCACAUACCGGGGCCCUCGCUGCACCCCGCGGCCCCGCCUGGCAUGCCACGCUCCGAAGAUGACCCUUAGACAGAUCUGUCGCAUGCUGAAGGUGAUGAAGCAGGUCAGGAACAGAGAGGCUGCCGCUGCUGCUGCUGCCAGGAAGCAGGGCUCUGCAUCUCCGGCCCCGGCGUCGCCAGGCACCAAGUCAGAGAAGAAAUGUGUCCCGAGCUGUCUCAGGCACAAACGCAGUAUAAAACGUGUCGGCUGACCCAUGAGCCCUGGCCGACCACAAACAACCCACCCAGUUACAACUCUCACAGUGACAUGGGAGAUCAUCACCUCUCCAAUGGGAAAGUAAAUUCAGAUUAUUCCUAUUUGAACAGCUAGCUGCGGGACUGAGGAUUUUGGAGGACGAUGUUCACUUGACUUGUGGUCCAUCAGGAGAGGAUGACCUGAUUUUCGAGAUUUUUUUCGAGAUUCUGCACAAGACUUUGUUUUUUUACGUUUUAAUGUCUUUUAUCAAUAAAACCAAGACUAAUUGUAAUACUUUACUCUUAUGCAAACCAUUGCUGUGGGUGUUUAUAAAAUAUAUAUGGCAACAUCAAAUAAGUAACAUACUAAAAAAGCUAUGAUCAUAUCCGGCAGAUGUGGUUGCAAAUAACUAUUUCACUAAAAUGAAUGUCUAAAUGGAUGAAAUGGCAGGUGUUCCCUCUGUUCUUUGCGUGCAGUGUUGAUUUUGUGACUUUGUCUCUUUAAUGUGCAAUAAAAUUUUAGGAAGUCAAUCAUAACAAAUUGUGACUACACAUACAGUCUUUGUGUGUUUGAAUGGGGAAAAAAACAGCAUGAAAUUAAAGCUCAUGAAAACUUG